AGAGUGGGUCCUAUUCCCACUGCAGGAUCCUAGAGUAAGCUGCUCCCUGGGCCCCUGACAAUGGCCACUUUUCCAGACUUGCUGUCAGGUUAGAAGGGCCACUGAGUGCAGUGGCCUUGAGACUGCUGCGCCACUGAUGAGCUGGCUUUCUCUGGGCUGCUAAUGAGACACACACAAGAAGACUAAUUAGAGCAGGUCUUGGGGUUUAAUAAUGUACCACAGCUCAGAUCACAGGUUCACUGGAGGAAAGGGAGAGAGGCCAGAUGGCGGGCUCCUCAGGCACCCAGGCCGUGGCUGCCCUCAGCCGCAGGGUCCCCGCUUCCCUCCACUAACGCUGUUCCAUCUGUCUUUUGUGCAAACCGCAGAUGAUCAGCCUUGUGACAAAGGUAGGCCCAGUAUCUGUCUGCUGUCCACAGGCGCGGCCCCUUUUCCAUGGAACGUUUGGGGCCUGAGGGACUCGUGUUCUUUUCCCAUGUGGGCAGCUGUGCCCCUCCCGCUGUCUGCACACCUCUUCUUGCUCUGCCAGCCAGACUGGGCUGUUUCUUGAGGCAGGCAGAGUUGGUGGGGACAGGGUUCAAGGCCUUGGGGCCCCUCCCUGCCCUCCUGACAUGCGGGGCCCAGCCUUUCCAGGACUCAGCUGUGCUGUGAUGGGGCUGGGUAGGAGACAAGGGGUGGGAGGGCAGGGCAGGCAGGAGUGAAUCCCUCCUUAUUCACGCUGCUCACACUCAGGGACUGGGGAGGCCUGCUGGCCUAGAAUCCCCCUUAAGGCCUGGAAAGGCUGUUAGGGGCCUAAGCAUGGAGAACUGAGCAAAACAGAAGACCUUGCUUUCUGGGGGUAUCCAGGACAUGGGAUUUCCCCUGAGCUCCCCAUGAGACACCAUCCCAGGGGCCUCUUCCUGCCCGGCCAUCCAGAGGCUGGGUCCCCGGGCCAGAUGUGUCUGGCGGGACUCACUGGCUUCCUUCCCUCUUUUGCUUCCCAGAGACCUGUGACUGUGAGGGCUACUUCAAAGGGCACUAUGUGGCUGGUCUUCGGAGGAGUUUCCGGCUGGGCUGUAGGGAGAGACUGGGUGGCUCCCAGGAAGGGAAGAUGUCCUCCGGAGCUGAGUCUCCAGAGCUGCUGACUUAUGAGGAGGUGGCCAGGUACCAACACCAGCCCGGAGAGCGGCCCCGCCUGGUGGUUCUGAUCGGGUCUCUGGGAGCCCGACUGCACGAGCUGAAGCAAAAGGUGGUAGCCGAGAACCCACAGCACUUUGGUGUCGCUGUUCCACAUACCACCAGGCCCCGAAAGAGCCAUGAGAAGGAAGGAGUGGAAUAUCACUUUGUGUCUAAGCAAGCAUUUGAGGCCGACUUACAUCACAACAAGUUCCUGGAACAUGGUGAAUAUAAGGAAAAUUUCUAUGGAACCAGCCUGGAGGCCAUUCAGGCUGUUAUGGCCAAAAACAAAGUUUGUUUGGUGGAUGUGGAGCCGGAAGCACUGAAACAACUGAGGACCUCAGAAUUCAAACCCUAUAUUAUAUUUGUAAAGCCUGCAAUUCAGGAAAAAAGAAAGACCCCACCUAUGUCCCCAGCUUGUGAGGACACGGCAGCCCCAUUUGAUGAGCAGCAGCAAGAGAUGGCCGCUUCCGCCGCCUUCAUAGACCAGCAUUACGGGCACCUGGUAGACGCCGUGCUGGUGAAGGAGGAUCUCCAGGGUGCCUACAGCCAGCUCAAAGUGGUCUUAGAGAAGCUGAGCAAGGACAUUCACUGGGUACCUGUUAGUUGGGUCAGGUGACUUUAUCCCAGAACAUCCAAGCUGGAUGGGACCUUGAAGAUCGACUAGUCCAGACUCCCUCAUUUUACCAUCAAGGAAUCUUGAGCGCAGAGAGGGGGAGAAUUCUCCACAAACUGCAUCGUCGAGAAGAGUAUAAGUGGGAAGUCUUGUUUGUUGUUGGUUUUUGUCUGUUGUUUUUCACUGCACCUCUUUGGAUCACGAUUUGAAAGGGGCAUAUCAGAAAACAGCACAUUUCAUUCAUUAAAGUAUCACAGGCAAGCUGACCCUGAUUCUUUGUACCAAA